UUGUGAACGAGAUUAUAUUUACAAAUGGCGUCAGUUCGUACGGGAAAUAAGAAUUGUGUUUGUUUUUAGAGUGUGGAUGUUUAUUUCGUUUAAUCGCAUUACAAACGUUUGCUUCUUACGAUAAGUCAAAAAGAAUGAGCAAUAAGAGUUAUAAAGCCGGGGAUUUAGUUUUCGCUAAAGUUCGUGGAUAUCCACCAUGGCCAGCAAGGAUUGAAGAAGAACCACCACCUGGUAAAAAAGUUCCAGCUAAUAAAUUUCCAAUUCUUUUCUUUGGAACUUAUGAGACAGCUUUUUUAGCGACAAAAGACUUAUUUCCUUAUGAACAAAACAAAGAAAAAUUUGGAAAACCACAAAAGAGAAAAUUUUUUAAUGAUGGAUUAUGGGAAAUAGAAAAUAAUCCUACUGCAAAAGCACCUAAUCAAGCUAUAACAUCUACACAUGAUCAAGAAGAAGAGGAACCAGAGGAUAAUAGCAAUGAAAAGAGCGAUGAUGAAGAAUCAAAACUGAUUAUAGAUGAAACUCCAAAAAAAAAAACUGAGCAUCCUAAUCGGAAAAGAAAACUUUCUGAACAUAAAGAAAACAAGACAAAGAAAAUAAAAUUAGAUGAUUCCACCCAGAAAUCCAGUGAAGAAAAAGAAACAACAGAGAAAAAGAUAAAAGUAAAACGAGAGAAACGUAACAAACAACCCAAACCUGAACCAGAACGAAGCCGAAGCGGUCGGAUGAUUAAAAGGAAGAGAUUUAGUUCUGAAAGUGAAUCAGAAGAAGAGGAGGAGGAGGAGGAAGAAAAAAUACCCGAAGAAGAACCAAAAACGCCAACACCAAAAAUAAAUAAUUCAGAAGAACCUUCUGUAUUAUCUUCACCAGUUGAAGAAAAUAAAGAGGAAGAAGCAAAACAAAAGAAAGCAAAAGAAGAAAAAUCUCACAAAGAAGAGAAAUCUAAAUCCAUAUCAAAAAAACAGUUUAAAAAAGAAGAAAAACCUCCUGAAUCUAUUAGUCCAAGUGACAGUCCUUUAAGUAGUGAUGAAAAAAGUGAUGAGGAUAAUAUUCCUCUGAAGCCUCCUGAACCCUCUGUAACUGAAGAAAGUGUUCAAACUCAGUCAACAAAAAAAUUGAAAAAGGAUAAACAAAAACAGAAAGAGAGGAAAAAGAGGAAAGAAUCUAAGAAAAUUAAAUUAGAUAAAAUAAAAAAAUCUAAAAGUCGAAGCAAGGCUAGUAGUAGUGGUGACAGCAGUGUCAGCAGUUCUUAUGGUACCAGCGAUUCAGAAGUAUCUAGUUCAUCUGACUCAGAAUUUGAAAAGAAAAAAGAAAGAAAGGACAAACAUAAGAAGAAGAAAAUGAAAUUGGAUAAAGUAAAGAAAUCAAAAUCAAAAAAGAAGUAUUCUAGUAGUAGUUCAGAAAAAGCUCUAAGUUCUAGUUCUGAUUCUGAAUUAGAUAAAAAGAAGACAGAGAAGAAUCAUUCCACCAUUGUUAUAUCUUCACAUCAAAAAGAUAAAGGAAAAAUUUUACAACAGAAAGACCAACAGAAAAAAAUAAGCAAAGAUAAAAAAUCAGAUGAAAGUUCAGAUCAUAAAAAGUCAAAAAAAAAAGAGGAAAAGCAUAGCAGUGGUAAAAGCAAACAUCAUUCUACACCUCAAAUAAAACCAGAAGAAAAAAAUAAAAAAGAGGAUAAUCAAGAUGAUGUGAAGAAAAAUAAAGAUACUGUUCGAAAUGAAAGUUCUAUGAAAGAGAGUUCAAUGGAGAAACUUCAACGUAAAAUAGCAGAAAAAGAGGAGGAAAAAGAAAGGAUGAAAAAAGAAAAAUACGAAAAGAAAAAGCGAGAAAAAAUUGAAAAAUUAAAAUGUAAGAUAAAAACCAUCCAUUAACUUUUGUCAAUGACAUUUAUUUAAUUAAAAAGGCAUAUUUAUUUAUGAAAUCAUAGAAAGUAUUUCAAAUAUUUAAUAAUUUGAUAUUUAUAAGCAAAUUGCUAUUAUGUUUCUUAUGUAUUAUUAGACCUAC